AUGGGACCCAGGCUCGCGCAGGCGCGCGUCGCUAUCCCGCAGGGCAAGGCGCAGAUGCACUACGCUCAGAGCGGCUGCGACGCAGAGUUCUUUGCAAAUAUUGCAAGUGCGGACAGCAGUGACAUGGGACGUCAGUUAGAUAAGGUGCAGGUGACAGCUAACACUUACGGGCACUUGCUGGCCGCGCUCGCCGCGAUUGGGCCGCUGCUGGCCAAGCACCUUUUCGCUUGCACCGCGCGGGCCCGCAAUGUGGCCGGGCGUGCCCUCGUGAAGGAGCACACGCCCGUGCCGCUCGAGCCGCUUGGCGGGGCGAGGCAGACAAGGUGUGGGCGGGAUGCCUUUGCCUGUAGGGCAGCGGCAUUCAAGACUGCAGCUGGGCGCGGCUCUCCUCCUGCUGUGGGCAGGACUGCGGCCCGGCCUCGCGCAGGGCGCGGCGGGUGGCGACCAGAUGCCCGAGACGAUGAAGGCGCGCGUCACUCCCAGGAAGCAGCACUGGGUGCACGUCGGCAUCGGGGAGGUCAAGUACAUGCGCUUCGAGUGUUUGGGUGGACCAGCCGACGUGGGCAUCUCGCUGUCGACCUUCGCGGAGCACGCCGACCCGCUGCUCUUCGUGUCGCUGAACCCCGACGAGUCCGCAGGCAACACGACGCCAACAGCUUUGCGCAGUGGCGCGAGGACUCGUCUGGCGACCACUUCGUGAUCGCCCGGGCCGUGGGCCCCCGCGGCGGCUGGCUGGGCCUGCACAACGCAAGGCACUUCGCCUCCGAGGCGUUGCAGGGGAUCAUCACGGUGCACUGUAGCUACAUCGUGGCUUUCGACACGUUCUUCUGGGACCACCUCCGCAGCGCCAGCAUCUGCCCGACCGGGGGCAGCCAGGUAGGCGCCAACGGCCAGCUUGUCUCGGUACGCGGCUUCUGCUCCGGGCACGGCACCUGCGGGACCCACGGCGUGUGCGAGUGCGACGAGGGCCACGCGGGCCCGAGCUGCUCCCACAGUAUCACCGACCACGGCGUCGCGGCCGAGGGCAACUACAACUUCCAGGUUGCCACGAACAGGUACCAGUACUUCCGCGUCCGGGUGCCCCCGCAGUUCCGCGGCGGCUACUUGCAGGUGACCGUCAGGUCCGAGAGCCCCCUGGUGGUGCUGCUGCGCAGCGACGGCUUGCCCACGAAGCGCAACUACAAGCUGAGCAAUUUCGACGAUUGGAUGGCUCAGCGCACGUCCUCGGUCCUUGUGUACAAGGUGGACGCCCCGGGGGGAUCUGCGGCGGACAGCGAGCUGGAAAAAGUCCAGCACCGCCGGUUGCAGUCCGGCGUAAGACAGAGAGCAAGGCCGGCCUCCGAGUGGAUGGGAGGUGACUUCAAGAGCUGGGGCCAGCUGUUCCGUAGGGCCAAAGGCGUUGAUCCCGUGUCCUCCCUGGACGGUUACGAGGCGGCCAGGACCAGGACUUUGGCAGAUAACGCCCAGACCUGCCCGGACAUGCCCAAGCCAGCCUUCAGCGACCCCUCGUGCGCGUCUCCGACGUACAAGAGGUGCGAGGACAAGUGCAACAUGUGCGUCGGGUGCAUCCAGGGAAGCGGCGACGGCGGCAUAGGCGCCGGCGACGAGGACGAGGACGGCCCGGUGGACAGCAGGUGCAAGGCGGCGUGCAACGAGUGCGUGUACAGCGAGUGUGCCAGGGCAUUCGCAUCAUGCGCAGGGAACACGAGCUGCAAUGGCCCCGAGGUGGACACGUGCGAGGAGAAGUGCGCGAGUUGCAUGACCUGCUUCAGCGACAGGGAAUGCGACCGCUGCGGGUGCUGCCUGGGCUGCCUGCCGUUGGCGGCGAAGUGCGAGGGCGUGGCCAAGAAGGCCGCCCAGCAGAACCAGUUCGUAUUCGUUGGUGUCUUUAACCACAGAAGGCCCGGCGAGGGCGAUGGGCGCCUGGAAGGCUUCGCGGACAUCAAGCUCGUGGAGGACGUCGACUUCGACGGCCAGGACUUUCCUUCGAGCUGGAUGGCCGCCCUGUACAACCCAUUCCACGACAUCCGGAGCCUGGAGUUCACCCAGACCGAGGAUUACCCAGACGGUGACCAGUACAUCUACAGCCUGACGCUUGCAGCGGAGGAGAAGGAGAUGAACAUGCAGGUUAACCUCUACAGGGACCGUGUCACGUUGCUGCACAUCAACAUGUCAAGUAGCGACCCGACGGGCAUGCGGCUGGAGUUCAAGAACGGCCUCAAGAUCAGCCACGUCCUCUCCACGCGCCAGCGCGCCCCGAGGUCAUUCUUCGACUUUGACCAGGUGCACGUGCUCGACGAUCAGGAGGUGCAGAUCACGGCGGAGGGCAGGCCGGCGAUCUGGUGCGCCAUCUUCGGUGCCGAGGACGGCACCGUCGAGGUGCUGGCGCAGGCCCUCGACGACAGAGGCGGGACAUGGACUCCAUUCACGACGGUGGUGGCCCUCGUGCUGCUGUGCGCCGCGCUGGCCUCCGGGAGGAUCCUCUGCGGCAGGACCGCGCAGUUCCAGAGGUGCGCCACGGCGGUGGACCCCGCGGCCUGCGGCGAGAGCGUCGACUGCCUGGUCGUGGAGCGCAACCCGGAGGACGAGUUCUUGCAUCGCGGCGGCACCAUGGGCGACGACGGCAUAUGA